AUGAAUAUGAAAGUUUUCUUAGUUGUCUUGCUUGGUCUUUCCUUGACUAUGUGCUUAAAGUAGGAUGAUGUUUUAGCAAAGUAUAAAGUUGAAGUACUUAAAUCAGGUACUUAUGAAUCUUAUCCUUCUUAAGGCGAAACUGUCACAGUUCAUUACACAGGUACUUUCUUAGAUGGUAAGAAGUUCGAUAGUUCCAAGGACAGAAACUAACCUUUCUAAUUCCAAGUUGGAAGAGGAAGAGUUAUUAAAUGUUGGGAUGAAGUCGUUGCAAGACUUACUUUGGGUGAUCACGUUAUUGUCACUUGCCCCUCUGAAACUGCCUACGGUAAGAACGGAGCUGGUUCAGUCAUUCCUCCUAAUUCUGACUUAAAGUUCGAAAUCGAAAUGCUUGGAUUUGGUACUCACAAAGUUUCCGAUUUAUGA